UGCCUCGCCGCCGCCCUCGCUGCCCGUCCGCGGUGGACCCUCCUCGGCCCCGAGGAGCGAGCGGCGCCAGCGUGAGGUUCCCAGCGGAUGGGCAGCGCCUGGACGCGCUGAGGGGCCGGGCUCCGAGCGGCCGAGGCACCGGAGCCGUCAGGCCGGGCGAGCGGCUUCCUGAACGGCAACCCUGGAUGUGGAUGCUUGGGGCGAACUCGCAGCCCUUUUUCUAAUGUGGGCGCCUCUCUGCAAACUGGAUACUGCUAGAUAGAUUUCAUAGUCACUUCCCAGCAAUGACAUUUGUUGUGUGAGGUCCAGUAAGGAUAUUGGCAACCGCGAAACUGUGCCGUGGGGCACAAUUCAGGAGAGGAGAGAAGACAAAGGAGGCCGUUAUUUUUGUCCUGUCCCAGGAUCAAAACUUUCCAUAAAUCAGGCGUGGUCGUGGUGCCUAAUCCCGGCACUGGGGAGGUGGAAAUACGACGAUCAUCUUGAGUUCGAGGCCAGCGUGGGACUACUGAGUAAGUUCCAGAAAAUGAUGCACCCGGUUGCCAGCAGUAAUCCAGCAUUCUGUGGGCCUGGCAAGCCUUCCUGCCUCAGUGAAGAUGCCAUGAGAGCUGCCGCUGAUCAGUUUGACAUCUAUUCCUCCCAGCAGAGCAAGUACAGCCACACAGUCAGCCACAAGCCAAUGGUAUGUCAGAGGCCAGACCCGCUAACUGAGCCACACUUGCAGACUACGAGUGGCAGAAACAUAGAGAUAAAGGAUGAACUCAAGAAAAAGAAAAAUCUCAGCCGAUCUGGUAAGCGUGGCCGGCCCUCGGGAACCACCAAGUCAGCAGGAUACCGGACCAGCACAGGCAGACCCCUGGGAACCACCAAAGCAGCUGGAUUUAAAACAAGUCCAGGCAGACCUUUGGGUACAACUAAAGCAGCAGGAUACAAAGUCAGCCCAGGGAGACCUCCAGGUAGCAUUAAAGCCCUGUCCCGCCUCGCCGAUCUCGGCUAUGGCUGUGGUACUGCUGCUUUCCCUUACCCCAUGAUGCACAGCAGAGCUGUGCAUGGGGUACAGGAGACCAGCACUGAAGUCAAGCCCCCCAGUGAAUGAUGGAGGGAGGGAAGGAGGGCCAUGGUGGGAGAUUGUGAACAAGCCCAAAGCUUCUUGGUUUAAUUUGACAAAUUUUACUGCCUGGAUUUUCCAAAAACAAUUUUCUGUUUGAUUUUCCCCCUGCUUUUGCUGAGAAGAUGUGCUCAGCAUGAGCGGGGCUGUGUUAGUCUGCACACACGUUCACUUCUGCCCAGUAAGUCCUUUUGCUUUCCCUUUAGAGUCCUGGGUGUGUCUUGUUUUUCAUUAGUACUUCGGGGCCAUUCUAAAUAGAUGCUUUGUGUGCUAAGCCACUGAGACUGUUCCACAUCUAAGUUUGUGAGGUAAACCUACAAGGUGAUACGGUUAUUUUCCAAGGUAUUUUCACUGGUGGAGAAAAAGAGCAAGCUAGUAAGUAAGGUUACUUGAGGUGACAGCUAUGUGAGUUUUCCUAACAAUUUCCCUGAAGUGUGCUUUGGAAUUUAAAACUUGCUUUUAGUAUUCUAAGUUUAAAUAGCUUCUUAUUUAUUAAUUUACAUUAUUAGCAUUAGUUGAUUUAACCAUUAUUCCUGAAAGAAUUUUUUAAUACUUUCCUUCCAGCAGUAAUAGGUUAUGUAUUUUUAGUUGCCUAAGAGCGUAUAUACCAAACACUACAAUUCAUAUUUACAAAAAAACCUUAAAAAUAUUUUAUAAAAACUGCACAUUUAGUAUACUAGAAAAAGAAACCUUAAGUCUGCAUGUAACUAUACUCACUAUUUUGCCUUUCUUAUACUUAGUUUCGAAGUAUUAUAUUUAAAAACACAUUAGUAUUGCUCAUUUAUUUAGAAUUUUUUUUGUUUGUUUUUCUGAGAAAUUGUCACAUUGCAUUAGCACUUACUGUGUUUUCAUGUUUAUAUCUCCCAAAGGACACAAAUUGAGUGGUAGACUAUAAAACUGGUAUAAACAGAAAAUAGUUUCCUGACUGUCAGAACUCAAAUAUUAAAUAUAGUAUCCAUGUAGGCAUAAAACCUAUAAAAAGAACAUUGAUUACUCUAAUUAACAAUCAUGUUGUGGCUCUAGUGAGACCACAUCAUCCAAAGGAAAAAUUUCCCCAAUGAUGUUUGCUUUAGAAAUAAGAUAGAAAAGAGAAAAGAUACUGCACACAUAGGUGUAGUUAGAGACAGAGAAACAUCUCCUGUUCUGAAAUACUCCUUGUUAAUAGGCAUUUUAUUUACCCUGAGUUCUAAUAUUAACUUCAAAUUUGAAAACUAUUUCACUGAACUUUAAAAAUUAUGUUUGUACUUGGGAUUUUAUUGCCUUUGAGAUUAAAAUACAGAUUUGCAAGACCCACAAACUUUUAAAGUAAUUCACAUUUGAAAAGGGCAUGUGUUGUGUUGGUUGGUCUUGCUCUCAGUUAAUACAAACUGAUUGCAACUGGAUGUCAUGUUUCAUACUUCUUUAUCAGGAAAGCAGCAGCAAGCCUUCAGGUGUUGCAGUGAUGCUGACACAGUGAUCUGGACUUAGGCUGCUCUACAGUAAGAGCUGUUGCGUUGUAUGUGGGGACUGUGUGCACUGCAUCUAAGACAGGGACCUCAACAUCAGCUUUGCACAAACCACAGCGAACAAUGUUGGCUGACUGACGACAUAACCAAUUGUAACAUUCUGGCAGCUAAAUUGCUGCAAGAAUUUCUUCUUGCAGAAGCUUAGACUUUAAACUUAUAAUAAUUUACUCAGAGCAGUAUAACUUCUGACACACACAAAUGCUUGCAUCUUUGUCCAUGCGUUCAUCCACUCGCUUUCUUCUUUAAUUGCCAUCCAGCUGUUUCUCGAGAGGCUCAGCAGUUGGCUGCUUUGGCAUCUUUCAAGCUAGUUAAUUAACUAUUCACUACUCUACCAUAGAAUGAUGUCCAUCAGUGUCAAGGAUUUGGGUGCAUGUGGUGGUUUUUUAUAGUAAAUCCAUUAUCCUUUCAGUGGAUUUAAUUCCUGAUUUUCUUAAACAUACCGUCCAUUUUUUCCUACAUUCAUUCCUUUCCCCUCCAACUUCCAGCACAUUUACCUACUCAGUGGUGCUGUGCUGUGUGUCAGAAAAUAAAGCAGGUGUAUUAUUGUAAAAUAAAUUUUGUAUACAUGUUUAUGACAUAGUGAACUCAACUUAAGGAAGAGGUAUGUUCAUAACAGUGUUCAUUAUCAGGAGCUUUGUCCCAGGAAAAAAGGGGGUAAAUGGUUACCUAUAGUUGUGAAUGGCUAACAUCACUUAGAAAGCCAGAUUUAAUGUUCAUGUGAGCAGUUACCUGGAAUAUUAGAUCUGCACACUGAUGAACAGCUCCUGAUUCCACUUACUUUUCUCCUUGUGAACAGUUUACCGGUGCCAUGCUGAAGAGAAAGACAUAAGUAAUAACAUGAAUGAGGUCUUAAAAUACAAAAUUAUUUUUACUUCUAUAGUCUAAAAAGAGACUACAUUGUGCAUCUUUUGUAACACUGUCUUUUGUCAUGAUAAACACUGAAAUAGCAUGAUAAACAGUCCUAUCUUUCAGUAUAAUCAGUUGGAGAAAACUGGCCUUUUCUCCCAAUUGUUCCUUAAAAGGUAAAUUGCUAAUUUUAUACUGUGUGAUUCUGUUCUUCAUAAAAUAGGUUUCACUAUUCUUAUUAAAACUGUUGGUCAGAAAAUGAUCUGCUAUUCAAGUAAGUUUGUUUUACUUUUUUCUUAAAAAUAUUUUAAUAUGCCUUAUUUAUUGUUAUAACAAAUGAGCUAAUAAAGAUGAAUUUUCAUUUUGUGACAGAUCUAAUAACCUUGCCUAACUAAUCUUUAGUAUGGGAUGAUUUUGAUACUAUCUUUGGAGCUUUGCACUGGAUAUUAAAAAAUAUACUGGCACAGUGUAUUGAAAGAAAAUAAGUAGUGUCUGGCUUAAUUUUUAAUAUUUGGGAUACUUUUUAAAUCAGUGUUUCAAUUAGACUAAAAAUUGUUUCUAUUUUCUAUUUACUUUUUAAAAGAAACAUCUGUCAAAGUAGUAUUUAUUCAUUCCAAACUAAUGUUUGUGUGAAUUAUAUCUAUAUUUUCAUGAAAUAAGAAUAAAGCUUCUUUGAAGUAAGGAGGAAAAAAUCUGGAUUCAUUGAUUUUGCUGAGGUGACUUGUCCAACAUAAGAAUGAUAAAUGUGUGAGUUUCAACAAUAAACUUCUUGGUAUUUCAAGAAGCUUUAAGUAGGGGGUAUUGAGAACUGCUACUCUGUCAGUCCACUGUCUGCAUAUGCAGUGAAGUUUUAUGAUCCCUUUAUAAUGAAAUGUAUCACAACAGUUCUUGAACAUAAAAGGUUUUGAUGCUUUAUGAUUUUGUUUUUAUUAUAGCAUAACUGUUUGCUCUUAAACUCUAGGAUGUAUCUAAAUCUUUCCUUUGCUUUCCCCUACCUUUUCCUCCCAAGUAGAUAAAUCUAUGCUCUCACAUACAGUGUAUUUAAUUUUUGGAAAAUAUAUGCUAUACAUCAAGUGUGUGUUAAUUAGGCCACUUUGAUCUUUUAAGUUUUUACAGUUCCUAUUUUCCACAGAAAAUUAUGGAACAAGUAAUUACCAAUUAUAAUGAUAAUAAGCACGUUGUCCUCUGCUGUAAAAAGUCUGAAUAGAUACUGUGUAUGUUUUAAUGUCCAUGAACUUGAGCUACUCAUGUGCAAUUAUGUGUAUGGGAAUGGAGUAGUGUUCAUGAUUUGUAUCUACAUCAUCAUAUGGAUGUAUAUUUAUUAAUAAAGUAACUACUUUAAAACCAA